AUGCCCGUGUCUUGCCCAUCCCGGGAAGACUCAUGCGCCGCCAGCAGCUCCAGCAAAGCUGAACAACGUGCAGAUCAAAGCAGGGAGCACUUCUUCAACCUCAAGUUGGAGAAUAUGCCGGAGCUUCAGGCAGUGGGUGCUUUUGCGCAGUGUUUGACUGGCAAGAACGAUCUGUCCAAGGAGGUGAUCUACGAGAUGACGCGGACGAGCGAAGGCUUCCAGGCCACUCUGCACAUUCCGGCCUGGAGCAAAACAUCCUAUGAGGGACAGGUGAUGCGGAACGAGAAGGGGGCCAAGAGAUCUGCGGCCCAUAUUUUCAAAACAGAUCCGGACGUGCUUCAGCAGUCUCGGAACAUGCCCAAGGGGGUCAAGCGGUUGAGUGACCAAGCGUAUUACGAGUACAGCAGAAGGCUGAAGCGUGACCGAAGGGCAUAA